GCUGUUGCUCGAGCGGCGCACUUGUGUUCGCGGGGAGGAUCAGCACGCGCGCGCGUGUGUCGUUUUCUCCUUUCCCUCUGACGGACAUGACGCGCGAACUGUUGUAGCGGUUUUCGCCCGGCCAAAGGGUAUCAAUUCACCUAAACUCUUCUUCGUCGCGCCGCGUUCUUCCCUCCCGUCAUCGCUCUCACGACGCACACGCGAAACAUACAUACGCACUCUCUCUCUCUCUCUCUCUCUUUCUCUCUCCCCCGUUGUCCCUCGAUCCCUUCCUCCCGCCGGGGCAAGCCGAAAACUCGUUAUGCUCCGGGUUUCUCGAACCGGUAACACUUCGUGAUUAGCGUGCGCGCACGCGAGAGAGAAAGAGAGAGAAGAGAGAGUGAGUGAGAGAGAGUGCUCGAUCUUCGGCCAUCGUCGCCCUCGUCUUCCUCGCGCGGUGUCGUUCGAGAAAACGUCAAGAUGCGCCGCAUCGUGAGGACGUGAACGGAAUAUCGCGAAGGAUUUCGGGAAGUGCGCCGGCCGCAGCUUGACAUUGCGACGAAGAACGGCCUCCGCAUCGACGGAGGAGUGCGUUUCGGGAGGAUGCGCAGCUGAACGGAUUAUCGUUCCGCUCCGCAGCUGUCUCUGCGGCGGCAGUCAUGAACAGCUCCUGAUCGCGGACUGCCGCGACAGGGUGGAUGCGGUCAUUCGUUGGCGACCCAUCGUCUCUUCACGCAAGUCGCAGAGCGGAACCAGAGGAGGCUGUAGGAUGAGCAUCUUAGCCAUUGCCCGCAGGAACUGGGCGCUACGCCUGUCAGUGGUGCUGAAUGUGUGCGUGCUGCUGUACGUGUGCGCCAACAUCGGCUCCUCCGGACCGUGGAUCGAGGAACCGCCGACCAACUGGGCGGCGCCGCUCCAGCCGGAGAGCUACGGCGCCAUCGAUCUCGUAAAUGGCACUCAGAAGGGCGCCGCAUCCUCGUCGGCAGCAUCCGCCGUCAAGGAUGCCAGGACGAGCGGCGCCGCCGGUCCCCUCAGGAGCAAGCUCCUCGUCACCACGACGCCCAACGGGGCCAAGGUCGAGGCUCUCGACAAGUCGGAGCAUAAUCAGACGGUGAGGAACGGCACGACGGUCGCGCGGCCGGUGGCGAUGAGCCUGAAGGAGGCCAUUUCCUGCAACGAGAAGUCGACCGAGCCGAGGCGGGCGCAGCGGGGCGACUACUGGGUGCUCUAUAAUUACGUGCCGAUGAGCAUGGCGGUGAGAUGCUGGGAGAGCGUGACGUACACCACGCACGCCGACUACACGUUCCUGGACAAUCUGGAGCCGCUGCUGGAGCGCUGGCGGGCGCCGAUAUCGAUCGCCAUGCACGCGCCCGGCACCGACUUCCCGGCGACCCUCGACGCCAUCAGGUACUCGAGAAACUGCGGUAGCCCCUUGGUCUCGCAGCUGGUAACCUUCCACGUCUUCUUCAGCAGCAAACACGUGCCAAAAGCGGUGCCGCCGUCAGAGCAGAUCGUCUCCGACACGUACAACUGCUCGCUCGGACCGCCAUGGGUGAACGUCAGCCUCUCGAAGAUGUACAAGAACGACAAGAAGUUGCUGUACCCUGUGAACGUGGGUCGCAACGUGGCGCGGGAAUCCGCGCCCACCCUCUACGUGUUCCCCAGCGACAUCGAGCUGUACCCCAGUCCGAAUCUGCCCGCCAAGUUCCUGGAGAUGAUUCGCAGGAGGGAUCAGCCGGCUCUCUACAAGCCGAAUCCCAAGGUCUUCGUGCUGCCCAUUUUCGAGGUGGACGGCAAGAGCCUGCCGCCCAACAACAAAACUCACCUGGUGCAGAUGCUGAAGGCGGGCACCGCCAUACCAUUCCACAAGAAACUGUGCUCCGGCUGCCACAACGUGCCGAAGAGCAAGGAGUGGCAGGAAGCGACCGAGACGGAGGGUCUGCACGUGUUCCACAUCGGCAAGAGAACCGGUAGCUUCGUACACUGGGAGCCGAUCUUCAUCGGGACCAAUAACGAUCCUCUUUACGACGAGAGACUCAGUUGGGAGGGGAAGAGCGAUAAAAUGACGCAGGGUUACGCGCUCUGCGUUCUCGACUAUGACUUCCUCAUCCUGGACAACGCGUUUCUGGUGCACCGGCCGGGCAUCAAGAUCUUCAAGAAGGAUCCGCACCGCGACCUGCUCACCGCCAAGACGAACGCGCUCAUCAAGAAGAUCAUCAUACCGGAGCUGAAGGUGCUGUACGGCACGCGCAAAGGCUGCGCGGUGUAGCCCGUGGAGUCACGGGCACGACGCGGGCGUGUGCUCUACAGGUGCCUGUCUGUAAGAUUGCCCUCUUGUCAUCGCGCGGCGAGCCGAGGAAUGGUUCGUUGCGAUCUACGGAAGCCUCCGUAGUAGCCUGUGAACUCUCCACAUGUCAACGAACGAACGAAUUAAUGUUGCGCACAGUCAAUAUUUACAGUGUGAGUUCUCCGAACAACAACGGACCUCUUGUGCUCCCGCGAUAAAAGCGUCAUCACGAAGCAUUUACGUCACUCGGCGAUUGAAGAACGUUGAGGCAAGAACGCGAGAGAAGUGUGAUGAUGCACGUAGCGACACUAAAGUUAGUCCUGAUGGUAAUUCUCUUAGCUUUCGUAAAAAAAGGGACAGAGAACAAGGGAAGAAGGACAUAGCGUGUAAAAAAAUCGUACCACUUAUUUUUCACGCGACAGGA